CCACAUUCCGCUCAUUUGAAUCAGCUCUCACAUUUGAAUUGGCCACACACCACAGCGUUUCGUUCUAGAAAAAAAAACUGUUGUGACCAUCACUCCACAGCCUGUUGCCUUUCUUUCAAUCGACGCCACUUCCCAAUUUGCGAGCGCUCCGACACAAGCGAAAGGCAGCCAUGGCAGAAGCGCAUCAAGCCAUCGGCGUCUUCGACGAGCACAAGCGCGGCGUGGAGCUGCUGUACUCGGACGAGGGCAUCCGCAUCUCGUUCACCAUCCCUCCGCCUCACGAGAUCCGGCGCAGCGUCGUCCGCGAACUUUUCCACCUGCAACGAGCCGCCAAGCGUGGCGUGUACCCGGCGCCGCCGUUUGUAGCCAUCUUGACAGUGGUAGCGAUUUCGGUGAUCGUCGCGUUUUCCCCUACCGAAUCCUGGUGGCGCAGCGGACCCAUCUCGGUGGUCGUGUGGCAUGUUGGCAACUUCCUCAUGCCCUACUGGCACUUGUUGCCCAACUCGAUCUACGUGGCGUAUCUGGCUGCGUGGGCGGCCUUCCUGGGUCUCUUGUUGCUCAUGGCAGUGCAAAGACUGUUCCUACGUCUACUUCUAAGCUACAGAGGCUGGUUAUACCUCGCUCCAAGACAGAAGAGCCGCGUGGUGAUGGCCUGGGCCGCUUUGUUGAAGGUUUUCGGUGGCCGUCAUCCUCUGACCUACUCUUUCCAAGACGCUCUACCCAGACUACCCUUGCCACCUCUCAAAGACACCAUUCAGAGAUAUCUUAAGUCAGUACAUCCUCUACUGACUUCAAAAGAGUACGAGGAAGUGGAGCGCAUGGCCGACGAGUUCGUACACAAGGAAGGCCCGAAACUCCAGUUCUACCUGUACCUUAAGAGCUGGUGGUCGUCCAACUACGUGACGGACUGGUGGGAGAAAUACGUGUACCUCAAAGGCCGCUCGUCUCUCAUGAUCAACAGCAACUACUACGCUCUACCUGGAGCCAACCUCGACUUCAGUCUCACUAAAAAGCCUGUUGCCUUGGCCGCCGCUCUGGUGCACGAGUUCCUUCUCUUUAAGCAAGAUCUGGACAGAGAACACCUCGCCCCGCAACUUAUCCGUGGCAUUGUGCCACUCUGUAUGAGUCAAUACCAACGCAUCUUCUCGUGUACUCGCAUCCCAGGCCGAGAAACAGACACACUGAAGCUGUAUCACCACAAAUCCAAGCACAUUGCCGUGUUCUGCCACGGCCGCGUGUUCAAGAUGCCACUGUUUGAAAAAGGUCAGUACGGUAAAUUACUUACCAAGUUUGAGAUCCAGCGGCAAUUCGAGUGGAUUGAAGCCACGGCCUUGGCCACAGGAGCUCCCUCUAAAGCGGAGGAGAACUUGGCUGCUCUUACUGCCGCUGGACGUAUUGAAUGGGCGGAAAAUCGCGAGCAAUUUCUGUCUAGCGGCGUGAACAAACGCUCAUUGGAAGUGAUUGAGUCGGCGGUGUUCGUCGUGGUGCUGCAGAAUGAUGUAGCCAAAGACUGGACGUCGAUGGGCAAAGAUCUGAUUCAUGGAAAUGGCGGUAACCGCUGGUUCGAUAAGUCCUUUAACCUGGUUAUUUACAAGAACAGUGUUGCGGGUAUCAACGCGGAACACGCAUGGGCUGAUGCUCCUGUGAUGGCUCAUGCGUGGGAACAAGUUUACACAACACAAUGUUACACGAUCCCAUACGACGAUAACGGAGACACAUUGGUGCAGUCCGAAGACGAGCGCGAGUCAAAGAUACCGCCAUGUAGAAUGUUACAGUGGGACUUGUCCACAAGUCUUGAAGGCGCUGUACUUAAGUCACUUUCAGAUGCCGAGAAAGCCAUCAGCGACUUUGACCUGAAAGUCAUUUCGCAUACGGAUUAUGGCAAAGGGUUGAUCAAGAAGUUCCGAGUGAGUCCUGACGCCUUCAUUCAGAUGGCACUGCAACUUGCGUAUUACCGUAACUCGGGAACAAUUACGCAGACGUACGAGUCCAGUAUGACGCGGUUGUAUCGUGACGGUCGGACAGAAACUGUACGACCAGUGACGGAUGAAUCGAAGGAAUUUGUACUCGGUAUGGUGGACCCUAAACUGUCCGAUGCUGAGAAGUUGAAGCUACUGCAACAAGCUUGUGACGUCCAUCAGGACAGCUACCGCAACGCUAUGAGCGGCAAGGGAAUCGACCGGCAUUUGUUCACAUUGUACUGUGUGUCGGUGGGUUUCGGCCUCGAGUCGCCCUUCCUGAACAACGCACUUAGUCGUCCGUGGCGACUUUCGACGAGUCAACAGCCGCAACAGCAAACAGACAACUGGCGUCUUGUUGAGAAAGCUCUGGAAGGGACGCAGUACUCUAUGGAUGAUGCACGGUGCCCUGGCGGUGGCUUUGGUCCUGUCGCUGAAGAUGGCUACGGAGUCAGCUACAUGGUCGCAGGUGAGAAUAUGCUCGGCUUCCAUAUUUCCAGCAAGAAAUCGUGUACGUCUACUAGUUCAGACAAGUUUGCUGAAGAUAUCGAGCAAGCACUUGCCGACCUCAAGGCGCUGUGGCACCCCAAGGAGUAA